CUCAAGUCUACCAACUGUAUACCGUUCCCGCCCCAAGGUCGCCCUUCGCUUCUCCAGCCGCGCCGGGCAGGAGGGAAGCCACCACUGAUAGAGCUUACGACACCCGCCUUCAAAUCGAAGAUGGUGCUACGAUUGGGAUUACGGCUCUCUCUUCCGGCAUCCCACGCAACUGAAAUUUUUUGCCAGUUUCGCAUCCAGUGUGUUCCGGUGGCCUUCUUUUCCUCCGGUUUUGUCGGCGACAAGCCUUUGCUCGUUCGCGAUUUUAUCCGAGCCGCCUUGUAUGAUACGAAAAAUGGGUAUUUCUCCAAGCCUUCAGGGCCUGUUGGAGUUUUGGAAAAGAGUAUUAGGUUCAGUCAAAUCCAAGGCCGAGAAGCUUACUUGCAAUAUUUGGAUACAAUCUACAAGCAGCAUGAUGUCGCUUGGUUUACCCCAGUUGAACUUUUCAAGCCAUGGUAUGCACAUGCUAUAGCAGAAGCAAUAUUGAGAACAGCUAACCUGUCCGUGCCACUAAAGAUAUAUGAAAUUGGAGGUGGUUCUGGAACAUGUGCAAAGUGCAUACUGGAUUACAUGUUGUUAAAUGCACCUGAAAGGGUAUACAAUAAUUUGGAUUACAUUUCAGUGGAGAUUAGUCCUUCCCUUGCCAAAAGACAAUUAGAGACUGUUGGAGAAGUUUCAAGUCAUCUAUAUCGGUACAGAGUAGAAAUCCGGGAUGCAUUAGACAGAAGUGGAUGGCAGGCUGACCCCAAUCCUUGUUGGGUUAUAAUGCUUGAGGUCCUUGAUAAUCUUCCACAUGACCUUGCAUAUUCCCCUGAUCAAGUUUCUCCGUGGAUGGAGACUUGGAUUGAGAAAGAAUCAGACAGCUUAAAAGUCUCCGAGAUCUAUAAGCCAUUACAAGAUACACUAAUUGCUCAGUGUAUCAAGAUUAUUGGCUUGGAUAAGGAUGGAAGCACACAACCAACCAGAUUUCUUUCUGCAACAAGGAAAAUUUGGUCAAAGGCUUUUCCAAAGCCACGUAAAGCUUGGUUACCAACUGGCUGCCUGCAACUCCUUCAAGUUCUACAUUGGGCUUUGCCAAAGAUGUCUCUUGUAUCUUCUGAUUUUAGCUACCUGCCAGAUGUUAGAAUUAUGGGUGAUCGGGCUCCGCUUGUUUCUACCAAGAAAGACGGGAUCACUGUUGAUCAUAUAAGCUACCUCGAUGCUAAGGGCGAUUCUGAUAUAUUCUUCCCAACCGAUUUUUUUCUUUUGGAGAGAAUUGAUCACCACUCCUCUGGAUUCACUAGCGAGCCAAGCAACUCCGGUUCAUCUAAACCUAUAAAGCUGAGAAGAAGUAUCAUACGUCUUCUAUCUCUAAAUUUAAACUUCUUUGGCUCAUUUAAGCUUGAUACUGCUGCUUUCAUCGAACAAUUUGGGUUGCCGUCAAAGACUAGGACUAAGGAUGGGUAUAAUCCACUUCUGGAUGAUUUCAAGAACACAAAGUUUUAUCUCAGUGUUCCAACGCAUAACGUCAUAUAAGUGAUCCUCCGCAUGAAAGGCAGAAAUCAUAAGUGCAACUUAGAAUUACCAGUUGGUUUUCUAUUCAGUAUAUCUCCAUAACAGAAGUUAAAUUCGUUUCUUUAUACUUACCUUGCUUGGAGGAAAUUUCGGUCAGCAUAAUCUUCACCAAAUUUGAUUAGGAUGAAUUUUCUAUUCCAUUGGAUUUGUUUAGAUAAAACCUUCUAUCAUGAUGUCCCGAUGAGUUAAAAAAUUAUUGAAUUUACUUCUGAGGUUAAUGUUGUAUAUGAAAAUUUUGAAUUAUCCCAAUUUUAAAAUAAAUUCAAUGACUUUCAA